AUGACCGGCGUCGGCGUCGGCGUGUACGCUUCCCUCGACGUCCUCAGCAAUGCAGUCGAAUCUAAGCAAGGUCCACGCACGCAAAGUCGACCAAUGUCGUCGCCGUCAAAGGUGGUGCAGCUCGCUGCCAAGGAGGGCUACUCAGUGCUCAUGAAGGUGAUGGGGUACGCGGUUUGGCAAUACGACUCAGAUGAUGUCCGAAUCACAAACGACGCCGACGCCGACGACGACUUGCACGAUCCCGACACCGGCCCUGGCAGCGACAACAACUACCAGAAGGUGAAAUUCUACCCUCUACCUUUCUCUUAG